UGAAAAUUAAAGAUGUAUGCGGGUGACGAUGUAUCAAGUAUUGUUGUAGAUGUGGGUACACAUACAACUAGGCUUGGGUAUGCCGGCGAAGAUCAGCCACAACAUAUUUCCUCCUCUCAUGUUGGCGUCAUUGUUGAAGAAGGCGACAGAAAUGGAGAAUUGGUCACAGAUGAGUCCAGGAUUGACUACGAGAGAAAACACUUUGAAGUCGAACCAAUAGUUAAUUCCGAUGGGUUUAUUACUGAUUUUGAUAAAUUCCAAACAUAUCUUGAGAAUAAAUUAACAAACAAUUUUCAGUUGGAUCUGACUGAGUCUCCAUUAUUAUUUACUGAACCUAAUAUGCAUAAUAAAGAACACAGGCUAAAGCUAACUGAGAUUCUAUUUGAAAAGUGCAAUGUUCCAUGCCUAUUUCUUGGCAAAAACGCAGUGUUAUCAGCAUUUGCUUCAGGAAAAUCGACUUGCUUAGUACUAGACUCAGGACACAAUUCCACUUAUGCUGCACCAGUGUUCGAGGGAUAUAUUCUAAAUGGGUCUACUCUCAGAUACAGAAUUGGAGGGAGUUAUGUAUCAAAUAAGCUUCAUGAAUAUCUUAAAAGCAAAGGUAUUCCUGUGAAUCCAGGCUAUGCCUUCAAUAAAGUAGUGGAUGGCGAGGAUAUCAAGGUGACUCCAAAGAGCACAGAAGGGUUUACUGACUCUUAUAGAGACUACCACAUCCACAAAAUUAUUAAGUUCUUCAAGCAGGAAUGUGCACUUGUGAGUGAUAUCUCAAUUACGGAUAAAAAGCUGGAGAAUAUUAAGCCUUAUGAGUAUGAACUCCCUGACGGUAAGAAAUUUGAAAUUGGGGGCGAACGAUGCCUCUAUCCUGAAGUGUUCUUCGCAGGGGUCGAUAUUAUCAAUCAAGAACUAGAAAAAGCAGGGUCUGAUGCCCAGAUGGAAGAUGAUGAUGACCAUCUCAAAGGGUUUAUAGGCGUACAACAUGCCAUUACAGAAUCUAUUAACCAAACUGAUUUAGAUAUUAGGAAGGAGCUCUAUAGCAAUAUUUUAGCUACAGGGGGAAACUGCAUGACACAAGGAUUUAUCUCACGUUUGCAAAAGGAGCUUCCAGAAAUAGCUCCUCAGAACCUCCGUGUAAAGGUAUCUUCUUCUCAUUCAGGAAGUGUAACUGAGUAUUGAGCCAGUUCCUUCACUGGAGGUUCUAUUCUAGGAUCACUGGGAUCCUUCCAACAGAUGUGGUUCUCUAAACAAGAGUAUGAGGAGAAUGGUGCAAUUAUGGUAGAGAGAAAGUGUCCUUAAGACAAUAAGCUUCAAUAAUUUAUCAUUGAUU